AUGCCCAUUCAACAACCCUCGAAUCAGAUAAAAUUAACCAAUGUCUCCAUCGUGAGGUUGAAGAAAGGUGGUAAGCGCUUCGAGAUUGCGUGCUACAAGAACAAAGUCCAAGAAUUUAGGAACGGUGUGGAAACCAAUCUCGAUGAUGUCAUGCAAAUCACGAAUGUCUUCGUGAACGUAUCCAAGGGCGAGGUAGCGAAGGCCGGGGACCUCAAGAAAGCUUUCGGGACGAACGAUAUCGAUACGAUCAUCCAAGAAAUAUUGAAGAAGGGGGAGGUGCAGGUCGGCGAGAAAGAGCGGGAUCACGAUUUGACGUCGUUGAGGAAGGAGAUUGCGACACUUGUUUCAGAGAAGUGUGUGGAUCCCAAAACGCAGACUCCGUACCCUGUGGGGAUGAUAGAGAAGGCGAUGAAUGAGGCGGGGUUCAGUGUCAAACAGAAUAAGACGGCAAAGAGCCAGGUUUCUGAGUGCAUUAAGCUCAUACAGACAGCAUCUACGCUACCCAUUCAGCGUACGCGCAUGCGCAUCCGUGUGUCCAUGCCUCCGGCGGAGGGUCAGAAGCUUCGAGAAAAAAUACUAGAAGGGGCGGAGAAGGUAGAAGAAGACGAGACGACGGACAUAGAAUGGAAAGCAAUUCUCCUGAUCGAUCCCAGCCAGUUCCGAAUAAUAAACGAGCUGCUUCAGAAGGAGUGCAAAGGGAAGGGCCGCAUCGAGACAAUGUCGUUCGCGGCCACGGCUACUACAACCGCAGCAGCAGCGAGCACUGGUUGA